AUGCUGACCGGGAGCGCAACGCCGCCCGCUGCCGCUGAGCGCGUCUGCCCCCGCGCGUGCAAACGCGGUCAGCACUCUGCACGCCACCACGUCCGGACGCCUGCACGCCGUGCCCGGUCAGCCAGCUGCCUUGAACCAUCCCCGCGCUGCGAUCCCUCGUACGUCGCGCUCUCAACAGCGCCCGCUCCGUCUCGUAUCCCGCUCACGCCUGACGCACACAGCGAGCCGUGUUGCUUCGCGCGCGCCGUGUUGCUUCGCGCGCGUCGGUUACCGCACGUCGGCAGUCCACGCGACGCUUCGUUCUUCGCUGCCGCCUACGCCUUCAAAACAACCGCCCCACGGUCAGUACAACCACAAAAGGCUAAGCUUGCACUUACUAUGGCUCUUUUCACACUGCCCGCGUCUCAAAAUCGCCGUGCCGGACGCCCGCACGCCGCGCCCGCUCAGCUAGCCGCCUCGAUCCGUCUCCGCGCGAUGAUCGCAUGGACGCUGCGCUCCCGACGGCGCCCGCUCCAUCUUGCAUCGCGCUCAUGCCUGACGCACACAGCGACCCGUGCUGGUUCGCGCGCGCCGGUUACCGCACGUCGGUCGUCCACGCGACACGUCAUUCGUCGCCGCCGCCGCCUGCAAGACCGCUGCUCGACGAUCAAUACAACCACAACAAGGUAA